UGAACUAAACUUUCAAUAUUCUCCGUGUGAUCUCCGCAUAGUUGCCCCGUUUUAAAUAGCUCUCAGUGGUAAUAAGUAACGUGAUCAAAAUGAUGCGAUGUAUGCAUCGUAACACGAAUGCAGUAGUUUGGCGUGUGUGUGUGUGCGAGCGUGAGUGAGGGCUGUGUGCUGACACCGCUGGCCACCGCUCGUCCCUGGUGUGCGUAACACGCGAACACUGGCGAGAAUCGGUAACAGUUUCAACAACGCGUCUCGUUUGCAAGUGGCUUGUAUGUUGCUCUUCGAAAGGGCAAUGAUACGAUGAGUACCGUCAGGUGUUUUGUGUUCAUUUUUGCGAUUGCGAGUAACUCACUCACGUCUGCGUAUGAUGAAUGUAACGAGCCGCUUUUGGACAGAGCGCAGCUAACAGCUACCACAUCGUUGUCUAACAGAGGUCCGAAAAAUGCCAGGCUCAAUGGAGGUUCUACAUGGUCACCACAGCUUAGCAGUUAUGAUCAACAUCUUACUGUGGAACUGGUGGACAGAUAUGAAAUACGCAGCAUAGCUACACGAGGCCGUGCUCAUACUAAUGAAUAUGUGACAGAGUAUAUUGUCCAAUACUCUGAUGAUGGGCAAGCCUGGGCCAGUUAUGAAAGCCAAGAUGGUGUAGAUGAGAUGUUUAAAGGUAAUGUAGAUGGUGAUACUAUAAAACUUAAUAAAUUCGAAGUACCAAUUAUUGCACAAUGGAUAAGAAUAAAUCCAACCCGAUGGCGAGAUAGAAUAUCAUUAAGACUAGAAUUGUAUGGAUGUGGUUACGUGUCCGAUGUUCUUUCUUUCAAUGGUUCAUCUCUUUUACGGUAUGAUUUAUUGCGGGAACCAAUUGAAACUGAUAGACAUUUUAUACGUUUUCGAUUUAAAACCAAUAAUGCCGAUGGUGUUUUAAUGUAUUCUCGCGGAACACAAGGGGAUUACAUCGCUUUACAAUUAAAAGACAAUAGAAUGAUAUUAAAUAUAGACUUGGGAUCUGGUAUCAUGACCAGUUUAUCUGUCGGUAGCCUUUUGGAUGACAAUAUGUGGCAUGAUGUUCUAAUAUCGCGUAACAGGAAGAAUAUUUCAUUCUCUGUAGAUAGGGUAUUAAUUAAAGGAAGAAUAAAAGGAGAGUUUCAUAGACUAGAUUUAAAUAGAGCACUUUACAUAGGUGGUGUACCUAACAAACAAGACGGAUUGGUGGUCAAUCAGAAUUUUACAGGAUGUGUAGAAAAUUUUUAUUUAAAUGCAACUAGCAUUAUUCGCGAUUUAAAAGAAACAGAAAUUACCGGCGAAAAUCUGAGAUAUUAUAAAGUGAAUACGCUUUAUAGCUGUCCAGAACCACCUAUAAUUCCUGUCACAUUUUUGACUCAUGGCUCAUAUGCCAGACUUAAAGGAUACGAAGGAAUAUCUUCUUUGAACGCUUCUCUCACUUUCAGAACAUACGAAGAUAAAGGAAUUAUUUUGUAUCAUCAAUUUACUUCACCUGGUUAUGUAAAGCUAUUUUUGGAAGAUGGUAAGUUGAAAGUUGACAUUCAAACUGAAGGAAGCCCUCAAGUAAUUUUAGACAAUUUCGAUGAAAAGUUCAACGAUGGCAAAUGGCACCAAGUUAUAUUAACAAUUUCGAAGAACAGCCUUGUCUUAAACGUCGACGGAACACCAAUGAGAACCAGACGUAUAUUAAAUAUGAUCACAGGACCUGUUUAUAUGAUUGGUGGCGUGAAGGGGAGAGAAAGCAACCGCGGUUUCGUUGGUUGCAUGCGAAUGAUCAGUAUCGACGGCAAUUACAAACUACCAACCGACUGGAAAGAAGAAGAAUAUUGUUGCAAGGAUGAAAUUGUCUUCGAUGCAUGCCAGAUGAUGGAUCGUUGCAAUCCAAAUCCAUGCAAACAUUCUGGCGUGUGUCGUCAAAAUUCUGAUGAAUUCUUCUGUGAUUGUGCCAACACAGGAUAUACAGGAGCAGUUUGUCACACUUCCUUAAAUCCCCUUUCAUGCGAGGCGUAUAAAAACAUAAACUCAGUUAACCAGCGAGCUGAUAUCAAAAUAGAUGUCGAUGGAAGCGGUCCUUUGAAACCAUUCCCAGUAGUUUGCGAAUUCUAUACGGAUGGACGCGUGAAAACGAUUUUGCGACAUAACAACGAACGCAUGACACCUGUGGACGGUUUCCAAGAGCCGGGUAGUUUUGUACAGGAUAUUAUUUACGAUGCGGACAUGGAUCAAAUCGAAGCUCUUCUUAAUCGAUCCACGAAUUGUAGACAGAGGAUUAGUUACGAAUGUAGACUUUCCAAAUUGUUCAAUUCUCCAGUACCGCAAGGAGAUUAUUUUAGACCAAACUCGUGGUGGGUCAGUAGAAACAAUCAGAAAAUGGACUAUUGGGGUGGAGCAUUGCCUGGUUCACGUAAAUGUGAAUGCGGUAUACUUGGAAAUUGUGCAGAUCCUACCAAAUGGUGCAACUGUGACGCCGAUUUGGACACUCUCUCAGAAGACAGUGGAGAUAUCACUGAGAAAGAGCAUCUUCCAGUUAAACAAUUACGAUUUGGUGACACUGGUACACCAGUGGACGACAAAAUGGGUCGUUAUACUCUUGGACCACUUAUUUGCGAAGGAGAUGAUUUAUUCAAGAACGUAGUAACAUUCCGCAUCGUUGAUGCUACCGUCAACCUACCAACCUUUGAUAUCGGUCACAGCGGUGAUAUCUAUUUCGAGUUUAAAACGACUAUCGAGAACGCUGUUAUAAUUCACAGCAAGGGACCUAUCGAUUAUAUAAAGAUUUCCAUAAAUAGUGGAAAUCAGAUUCAAUUCCAGUAUUUAGCAGGUGGUGGUCCACUAACGGUUAGUGUACAAACCUCGUACAAAUUAGCUGAUAAUCGAUGGCAUUCCUUAUCGGUUGAAAGAAAUCGCAAGGAAGCUAGAAUCGUAGUCGACGGAGCAUUAAAGAACGAAGUGAGGGAACCUCCAGGACCAGUGCGAGCGCUUCAUCUUACAUCAGACUUUGUAGUUGGUGCUACGACAGAUUACAGAGAUGGUUAUGUUGGUUGUAUCAGAGCUCUCCUUUUGAAUGGUCAACUGCAAGACUUGAGAAGUUAUGCUCGUCAAAAUUUGUAUGGAAUUUCCGAAGGUUGCAUGGGUAAAUGUGAGAGCAAUCCUUGCCUUAAUAAUGGCACUUGCCACGAAAGAUACGACGGAUAUUCUUGCGACUGUCGAUGGACUGCAUUCAAAGGUCCAAUUUGCGCAGACGAGAUUGGUGUAAAUAUGCGUCCAAGUUCAAUGAUAAAGUACGACUUCAUGGGUUCAUGGCGUUCGACGAUCUCCGAGAAAAUUAGAGUUGGUUUCACAACGACGAAUCCUAAAGGAUUUUUGCUCGGCCUGUUUUCAAACAUCUCUGGAGAAUAUAUGACGAUCAUGGUAUCGAAUAGCGGUCAUUUGCGCGUCGUUUUCGACUUUGGUUUCGAACGACAAGAAGUUAUUUUCCCUAACAAACACUUCGGUUUGGGACAAUACCACGAUGUUAGAGUAGGCAGGAAGGAUUCAGGAGCAACGCUUAUCCUACAAGUCGAUAAUUACGAGCCGAAAGAAUUCCCAUUCAACAUUAAAACCUCAGCUGAUGCACAAUUUAAUAACAUACAAUAUAUGUAUAUUGGAAGAAAUGAGUCUAUGACGGAAGGCUUUGCUGGUUGCAUAUCUAGAGUGGAAUUCGACGAUAUUUAUCCUUUGAAGUUAUUAUUCCAAGAGGAUGGGCCUGGAAACGUUCGUUCUUUAGGUACUCCUCUCACGGAAGAUUUCUGUGGUGUGGAACCAAUCACUCAUCCACCUGAUAUUAUAGAAACUCGUCCACCACCGCAAGUAGACGAAGAAAAAGUUCGAGCUGCUUACAACGAAACCGAUACUGCGAUUUUAGGAAGCGUGUUGGCUGUCAUUAUUAUAGCGUUAGUUAUAAUGGCGGUACUUAUAGGACGAUAUAUGUCGAGACAUAAAGGCGAAUAUUUAACCCAGGAGGAUAAAGGUGCUGAAAUAGCACUAGACCCAGACUCCGCGGUGGUUCAUUCUACCACUGGCCAUCAAGUUCAAAAGAAGAAAGAAUGGUUUAUUUAAUUACGAAUUUAGAUAUUUCGCUAUGUCAACGCUAGAAUAUAUAUAGGUAAAACUAUGCUUAUAAGUGCACUUUGAAGUGUCAUAAAAAAGGAACAAAAAAUUUUAUAGGAAGGAUAAAAAGAAACAUGAUUCUACUAUUGCUGUAUAAAAUGGAGACUGGUAAACUUAACUAAUUAACUGAACAAAUUUAUUGAAUCUCUCAUAAUGAAAAUACCAGACUGGUAAAAAUCACUGUAACUUUUCUUAAUUGAUAAUUAAAUAUUAAAUGUCUUCAUUUUGUUCAUUUUGUUAAUACAGAACAUUGUUGCGAAAAUAAUAUAAAAGAUAUAAUGUAUGAUUGUAAGUUCAAAUAUUACGUUGAAGAGAUGUAAGCAUAUAGAAAUAUUUUAUUUUUAUUUUUUAAAACAAAAAUUCUCAUUAUAUUUGUAUUAGGUGUAUUUCCGACAUUUCUUUUGAAUACUUAGUAAUGUGAAUCGUAUUGCUAGUAAUAAGAGGUAGUAAAGAUUCUAUCGAACUGCAGACUGUUAUUAUUUUAGACUAUGAGGUGCAUAAAUAUUUAUUAUGUACAUUGAAAUUUAGAUUGAACAUCACGACAGGAUAUUACUAUGUUAUAUAUAUACUUUUUUUACAUUCUAUUAUUUUAGAAACAAGAACAAUUACUUGUUUCUUUCUUUCUCUGUGUUAUAUCGGGGUCUUUACUUAUUAGUAUUAAUUGUAAAAUCACUAACAAUCAAUUAAUUUUGAAUCACAUUCGUAUAAAGUUUAUUGGCUAUGCUAUUUUUCUGUUAAUAACAAAAAUUAUUUUGUACAUAUAUAAAAUAUUUUUAAAUCUCCAAAAACAUUUCGUUAUGUGUAAAAUACUUCCUCUUUUUUUUUUCCACAAAAAAUGUGUUCUCAGUAUUAUUUGUAAUGCUUACCGUCCAAAGUGCAUUUUAAUUUUUCUUUAUAUUUAUUUUGUUUACAUUUGUUUAUUAUGUAUUACAGAUAUUUUAUUUCUUUUGUGAAUUGUAAUAAUCCGAAUUCUGUACUGUAACUUAACAUUAAUCUAGUAUCAACUAAUAUUCGUAUACUAUACGUGUAACAGUGAGAGUGUGCUGUAUAUAUAUCAUUUUUAUACAAAGAAAAUGUUUUAAUGUAAUACGCCAGUGUAUAUUUUAUAUACUGUAUUCAGCAGAACGCAUGUGCUGCUAAAUAAAGACAAAAAGUCGUGAGUAUGAUUUUGUAACAAUAAGUCCUUGAAAUAAAACUAGUUAGU